UUUUUGGUAUAAUCCACAACAAAUGGAUAAAAAUGAAAAUAAAGAAAAAUUUGAUACCGACGUUUAUUUUAAAUUUAAAAAGGAGCUCUUGAAUAUUGAUAAAGACAUUAAAAAAGAUGAUGACGAAAUGCAUAAAGAAUUUCGUGGUCGACUCGGAGCUCAAAUUCUCCUUUCCGUCUAUAACGCCAAGGAAGUGACAAAAGAAAUUGCAAACAGCAUGCUAAUAAAUUUAGCAGGCUCUGGCCUAAUCAGCACAAUUUUGGAUGUUUUUGUUUGGCCACCAUUAUUAGCAAUUGUAGCAAUUUCUUGUCCAGUAUUAUAUAUUCCUUUAUCUGUUAUAUUAUAUUCUGUUAUAACAAAUUUAUUUGUUAACAUAGCUAACUCGUUAUUUCUUCAAAGAUUUUUAAUAAUGAUUGAGGGAGGAAAUUUUACCCCAACAACUUUGGAAGGAUUUUUGAAUAAUCUUAAAGAUGCUUGGAAUGUGAAAAAUAUAGCUGUUGGAGGUUCUUUGUUAAAUAAUUUGAUACAAAUGGAUACGAAUUGGGAUAUGUUGGGAAUAGAUAUUCUUUCGAAUGAGAUUGCUUCAUCUACAUCUAGUGCAAUUUUGCCUUUUGAAUAUUCCGUAAUUAAAGAUUUGUUACGUGCUGGGGUAUAUUAUAAAUACAAGAAAGGCUUUUUUCCAAAACCUAGUAUUGAACAACUUGUUUUAGAACGUAGAAUUGAGGAAAAUUCUAAAAACAAAGAAAUAUGUAAAGAAAUUGUUCAAAAAUUAUUUGUAAUUAAUGAACCUCAUUCUUUAACAUUGGGAAUGGGAAUUACUAACGAGGAAAGAAAUGUUGCUUUCAGUAAAUAUAUUAAACAUAAGGUCAGUGCUUCAAUGGAUAUAGAAAAAAAUUCCUCAAUGACCAUCAACGCAAUGGGGAUUGGAUCAGUUUUAAGUCUUUUUGGGUUUCUACUAACCUCUAUUCCCUCACAUUUUAUUACCGUAUCAAGUUUAUUUAAAAAAAUUAUUGGAAUUUUGUUUAAUCCUUCAACACAACUUCUCAAAUUCGAAAUAGGUUAUAUAACUGCUAAUCACUUUGGAAAAGAAGAAAUAGAGGAUUCCGGCUUCUUUCAAGCUAAACUGGAUGAUUUGCAGUUGAAAUUGAGAGAAUGCCUGGAAUGGAUUCUGAUAAAUGGGAGAGCUUUUACAAAGAAACAUGUAAGUUAG